AAUAAAUCUCCACAAUGGCCGGUACAGUUUGUACAUCGUGGUAUUUGGACUGUUUCUAAGGGUUUACUGUAUACAUGUUUGGUGUUUCAGAAUGUAACGCCGCAUAAGACACGCCCACUUGCCAACCUGGAACCUUGUAGCACAGAUGACACAGAAGACUUUUAAUGACACAUGUCUCUCAUCACAAUAAAAUGUCAAGUAGCCUCAAGCAACGCUUCACCUCUGAGGUGAAAGAAUUCAUUCCGCUUGGUACACCACGGCGCCAAAGUUUAAAUGGCACAUCCCAUCCUGUAUCAUGUAGCGCACGUCUUGAACCUCAUGAGAAGACUCCAAAACUGUUAAGUUCACUGGAUAAACGCGUGCUGCCAAUCAAAAGCCCUGAGCUGGAGCAGAGGGACAAGUCCACUACAUCCUCCAACAAGAGCUGUAGGACAAAACAGGACCGCAGUGUUGCUGUGAAAAGACUACAACCAAACAAUGGAAACAUUCACUCCUUUAUGGACAGGCCCCUCAAUCCCAUAGUUAAAAAGGAGGUGAAAAAGACCAGUUCUUACAACAGAGCCAGAGAACAUUCUAUAGCUCUCAGCAAGGAGUUAAAUGAAAACCUGAGGGUCGGAGGAGAUAUGUAUCAUUUACAUUGUGCUACAACGUUUCGGAGGCAUUCUGUUCCUCAGUCAUCUCAUUCCAGGCCUAACCUUGAGAACUAUAGUGCCAACUCAUUCAAACAAAGGCACAAAAGCUCAGUUAACACACCGGAGCGAUACGUCCACCGCCCUGAUCAGAGGAAAGAUAGACAGGAGAAUAGAGACGACAACGCAUUUAGCAGCAUGUCCUCACAGAAGGAAUUAAGCACCCCUCACCAGAACACUACCCCGGAGGACAGGCUGUCCCUUUCUGCAAAGAGAAAAAGGGAGGCUAGCACAGGCAGUGAGAGGGAAAUUAAACGGCCGAGUCUAGAUGUCCAGCUCACACCCAGCUCUUCAAGUACAAACUCACCACCAAAAUAUGUCAGAUGUGCUUUCUUGAACUGCAGCAGUGAUUCUGUGCUAACUGUAAAGGAGAAACAGUCCCCUAAACUGCUCAAUCCUGCAUCAGACACCAACAAACCAAGAGCUCCAUCCUCCCUCCCCAGGCAGCUUUUUAAACCCUGUAAGGAGCCCAGCAGUAAGUCAAACACAGAGAGCGACAAACCGCACUCAUUUCAGUUCACUAAAUUCCCCCUAACUAGAGAGCCUAAAGAUGCUAUGGUGGCACGUGCUAACAAGAGUCUCAGAACUCCACCUAGCCAACCGGAUUUUCACAAAAUCUCUCCAAAGUCAAGCACAACGUUUGACAGCAUUGAGACCCUCUUUACUCCUGACCCGUGCAUUUCAUCUCCCAAAACACAUAGCAAAAAAAUUAAUGGAGAAAGAGAAGGUUGUACUGUCUCCACGCUCCCAAGCUCCUCAUCCAGCCACAAGGAGAGCAUUAAAAUUCGCUCACCCCCCCAUCAGCCCAAACUAGGAACACCCUGCUUUGCUGAGCAAGUCAGUUCAUGUAAGAUGGAACCGGAUGAAAGAACGCCAUUGCAAGUGGAGCACUCAAGCUGCCUCAAGGCUAACAUGUCUGCCCCAGCUGUUUCUGUGAAAGUAGAAGGAUCAACAGAAAAGAAGUGCUGCCCCCAGUGGAAAGAUCCCUUAGAUGUUGAGCUGGAAGAUGACUCAGGAGAUGAUCUGAGAGAAAGCUGUGCUAUCAGCCUGAGCAGCAGCAGCAGUGGUCAUGACAAGGAUAAUUUGCCCUCCCUGAGGGAGAUCAUGGAUUGGAGUGUCCGUGUGCCUGUUACACCUGAGAAAGAUGCUUUUUCUGAGCCCAUGACACCAGUCCCAAAAGCAGCACCUGAGGCAGUGAAAACCAAAGCAGUUAGUUAUAGAAAUACACUGGAACAGAUGCUGCAAGAGAAGGAACAAUAUCAAAGGUCAAAAGAGCUGGAGAGGCAGUUACUUGCGUCUUGUGAAGAGGACUUGCUGAAUUUCUAUGAGGAUGAGAACAGUGAAAGUAAAGAGGAAAAAAUUUCACAUGAGCAAAGGGAAUUUUUGCAAAGGUUCUCAGUUGCCUCAUGUGCCAUCAAGGACAUCCAUCCAGGAGAGGAAGUGUUCACACCUGCUAAGUUUGGCCGACUCUUCAGUCAUCAGACUCUGGACCUGAGGAAAAUUAUUGUGACUCCACACAACAGAUCUCAACAAAUCCUCCUUCAGGCCAGUACUGAAAAAGUGUUGCGUCUGAUCAGUGCAGGCUUGUUGAGGAAAGCCUACUGUUCUUUCCCUUGUCAGCCUGUCGUUACACGCUGGCUUUUUCAGAUGAUGUCAGUUCACCCAAACCUCAUCACUUCUUCACGGAUCCUACAGUCUUUGCAAACCAUCGCUCUGUCUGCUGCUGAACACAUAGUGGAAAACCAGAGCCGAAAGUUUAAAGUGUGGGUGCCCACUGUACAGGAUAUUGCAAUAGUGUUCCUUAACAUGGGCGCAUCAUUCAUCAGUCUCUUCCCUCUGGAGGCCCUGCAACCCCCUUUUACUGAAGGAGACCUUUUAGAGGACUUUCAGGUGGAAGAGACCAGUCAAGAGAGACUGAUUUCUGAUUCGAAAGACUAUGCCACUUUACCAGUGCAUAAUUUGGAGAGUGUUGUCAAGUACCUGUCCCUGUGCAUCGCGCUGUGUCCAAAAGCGUACACUGACGAGGAGUUGCUGUUGCUUCUAACAGUGGCAUGUAGAAUCGCACUGGAGACUCAUUUCCAGUUGCUGCCAACUGGACACUUCAGCCUCCUCCUCCAGAACAUGCUUAAGAACAUCACACACUGGGAAGUACAGAUAUCUAAAGCUUGCCAGACCCUGACUGAUUUAUCGGAAGAUCAUCACAACCUUAGGCGGCUCGUUUAUCUUCUGCCAGAAAGCAGUCGUGGAAAGCAAUUAAAACGGCACCUGAGUUUGUCUAUCAUCUCAAAGCUUUUGAAUCACACCUGCACUUACAAACCCUCAGGCACAGAGUUUAAGCUAUCUGAGCUGAAAAAUUAUCUACCACAAAUGCGUCCUUCAUCCCUGCUGAAAAGCCUCAGGUUUGCAAGAAGAGCAGAGGAUUGUGAUGCCACUCUAGACCAACAAGCAUAUUACCUCUGCUACAGCCUUUUGACAUUGACAAAUGAAGCCUCCAAUUUUGAGUUUUUACCCUCAAACCAGAGAAACGAUCUGCGCAGUCUUUCUUCUCAACUGGAGAAACACAUUAAAUGUGACAUUAGGGAGAGCGAGAAGAUGCUGUACAGGAGCAAGGUGAAAGACUUUGUGGCAAGGAUAUACACCAAGUGGCAGGUGCUUCUCACACGAUCCAGGCCUCAAGAGGGAAAGCUGUAUGAUUACUGGAAGCCUCCACCAGAGGAUGAGGUGCCCAACAGUCCUAAGGGCCAGUCCUGCCACACAGCACAAGACACUUCAGAAAGUUCGGAAGAAACUCGGACCACAGAGUCAAGCUGUACAGAGUCAGAUGAUGAUGCUGAGAGCAAAGAAGAGGAGGAGUGGGCUAAAGAAUGUGAGGAACCUGAGAACACUGAGGAGAACAAGGCAUGCCAGAAUGAAGAAAGUGGGGAGGUAGAGGAGAAAAGUGAUGAGCAACAGCUGAUGGAGCUAGGUGAAGAAGAUGGACAGUUGGAAGAAACCCCUGAUGAAGAGCUGUUUAAAAGCCCUGAAGAGUUCAUGCAGAGUGAUGAAGACGAAGAUCUCAUAAAUAGAGAGGAGGAGCUUUUUAAGGAUGAAGAGCCACAUGAAGAAGAAAAAAAGCACAUAGAAUCAAACAAUGAGUUAGGAGAACUUGAGGAUUUGAUGCUGUUAGAAAUGCAAGAGCAAAUGAAGGAUGAGAUUUGCGAGGAGAUGUCUGUAGACUCUCUUUGAGAGGAUUUUACAUGGCACCUUUGGUAGCAUUGAUACUCAUACCUUGUGCAAGCAAUCUUUAUAUGGGUUUUUUGUGCAUUCUUUAAUGGAGUUUAAUAACACUUACGCAAUGCAUGUCAUUGUUUACAUAUUGUUCAUAGGUCCUUAAUGUAAGUUCUGUAUUUACCAUUUGUGUCCUUUUUUAUAUCUGCCGUCUUACUGAAUGUUUGAACUGAACAUAUUUUUAUGUACAUAUACUGCUAAGUUCAUUUUGUUUCAAGGCUUUUCUAGCCAUAUCAUUGGUGAAAACAUGUAUGUGGUCAUUGUGCACACUGUUAGAUCUCAGAAUCAGGGUGCCUGCUGUCUUUUAUAUUUCUUGCCUGUUUCUGCAGUUUAAAAAAUAUCUGGGGCAUCUUUAUCCAGAAACACCAUAUGUGAUUCUGUUUAGCGUUUAUUAAUAUUACUUUUUUAAAUUCACAAAACAAAGGUUUAAUGUAAUUAACUGCAAGAAUUUUGCUGUAUAAAUGAUUUAAAAUUAAUUCUGUAUUUCUUCAAACUAUAUUACAUAUAUUUUGGUAAAUUGUAUGAAAAUAAAUACUUGUUCUAAUAAAAAAAAGG